AUGGCAACCGACGUAGAGAUACCUAAGCGCGAUGCGACGCCCAAUCCACCCAAUCCCCCGGCCACGGCCACAGCAACCUCGCUGCCUCAAAAGCGAGCUCUCGAAGACGACCAUGUGCCUGCUGUUUCGUCGCCGCUCAAUCCGAACCCGAACCCGAACCCGGAUCCUAAGCUCUCGAAGCAGCAGUCGCACGACGAUAUACCAGCCAUGGCGCGCGAGAAGCGGACCAAGAAGGAGUCGCUGAAGAAGCGCGAGUCCAAGGGCGUUACCAUCGCCGGCACCGACAGCUCCAGAGCUACACCGGAUCCGAAGCACAAAGAGAAGGAGGCGCCGGUAGACGAAGCGUCGCCCUUGCGGUAUAAACUUGCGCCCCCGAAGCCUGGGGAUUUCGAGCCGGCUCGCGGCCCUGUCUUCACCCACCACCACGAUGUGACGAUGCCAGACGGCAGCACUAUUGCUUUUCAUGAAACUUCUGAGCACGUCUACAAUAAGAAGAACUUCCACUACCUGCACUGCAUAGCCGAUCCUGCUUUCCCAUCCUCCUUCUACUACCGCCAGACCGAACCCGAGCCGCACGGCGCCCACAUCAGCUACGAGGAUGCCGCCACACACAUGUACCUCGACCAAUCAGGCCGGCACAUUACGACGGACAAGGGCUUCCGCAUGGCGAGAACCAAUGUGGCCAUACGGCAGGGCCGCUGGUACUGGGAGUGCAAGAUCACGCGGGGGACGCUGAAGAGGGCCGAGGGAGCCAAGGUUGAGUCGCAUGGUCACGUACGGUUAGGAUUUGCGAGGCGAGAGGCCUCGCUGGACGCCCCCGUGGGCUUUGACGCUUACAGCUACGGCAUACGGGACGUCGAGGGUCAGAAGGUGCACAUGUCCCGACCCAAGGACUUCUUUCCGCCCGGGGAGGAGAUUGUGGAGGGGGACGUCAUCGGCCUCGAGAUCCAGCUUCCCUCGGAGCAGCUACACCGAAAGGUUGUCCGCGGCCACUACAACCCGGCCGUGGACCUGCUGGACGACGAGCCGCCAAGCGCCGAGGGCCCGAACAUCGUGCGAGACCGGAUACCCAUCCGCUUCAAGGCGCACAUCUACUUCGAGAAGAUCGACUACCACACGACCAAGGAGCUCGAGGACCUGAUGAACCCGUCGCCCGUGGGCGCAUCCGGGUCGGCUGGGAGCAGCUCGGCAGACGCGCCAAAUCCCGUCCACCCCACUCCGGCACUGCGCACGCUGCCCAACUCGUGCAUCAGGGUCUACAAGAACGGCGUCCUCAUGGGCACGCCGUUCAAGGAUCUCCUGGCCUUCCUUCCGCCGGCCUCCAAGCCGCAGGCCCAGGUCGGAGCCCGCGAGGGCAUGGACGACGGCAUGCUCGGCUACUACCCUGCGAUCAGCGUGUUCCGCGGCGGUGCCGCCGAGGUGAACUUCGGUCCCGACUUCUGGUACCCGCCGCCCGGCUACGAGUCAUCGACGUCUGCACCAGCACCAGCACCUGCAGCAGAAGCAGCCCCGGAGCCCUCUGCUUCGACCGGAGGCGACGUGGAGAUGGGCGGUACCACGACGACGGACGCCGACACGGUCAACGUCGCGGGCAGCGCUCCGGUCCCGACCGGCAAGAUCCAGCCCGUCUCGGAGCGCUACUCGGAGCAGAUCGUCGAGGACAUUGUGGCCGACAUCGUGGACGAGGUCGACUUCUGGAUGCAGGACGGCGCGAGGGUGAUCGACCGCACCGGCGGCCGCGACGAGAAGGCCGACGUCUCGGCUGGCAUUGCCCCCGGCCGCGAGGAGAUCAAGGAGCUUGUCCAGGAUGACUAG